UAUGUGUUUUGGUCCCAUUCUCCCAUGUGAGCGUCCCUCGAAGGCCGCAUCCGCCCAACCAUUAACAACCGCGGCAUUUGCCCACCCUUGUGCUAUUUGCCUCCGCCUUUUCCCAUUGUCCAGCUCCUUGUUUUUAACACGCGCACACACACACAUAGUGGUUUUACAGGUUGCGCAGGAAUCUCUUGCUCCUCUGCAAUUCUCCCUUUUAGGGCAGUGAAGGUUUUUUUCUCUUCGCUGACUGAACUCUCCUCAUUCUUAGCUCGAGUGUGGUGGGUAUGUUUAAUAGAUUAUUGGUUCAAAAGGAAAAACAAAAGCCUGUAAUCACAUUUCAUGAUUGAAGUGUGUGAUUCUCAGAAAAACAAAGGGCCGGGCGGGGGGUGGGGGUGUAUUUUAAUGUUAUUGGAGUUAUGUUUCUGUCAUUUUGGCAUAAAAAGUAGGAUUGUGUGGAUUCUGUAGAAGCUUUUCUUUCUGUAUUCUUUAUUCAAUGAUGUAGCUCUGCGUUUCAUGCUAGUUUUGGUCAAAUUUCAUCAUAUUCUUAAUUGCUGCUGAACUGCUGCAUCCUGAGAAGUGGGAGGAUUUUGAGGCUACUUUUUUUAGAGCUUGCUUGUAAGCUUUCAAGCAACAAUUUGAAGAUUAUUGGUUUUGUUUUGCCUUUGUGAGAUGGAAAAUUCUGUUUGAAGUAUUAAGGAAGUUAAGAUGAAAUCUCUAAGUAGUGUAGGACUUGGUUUGAGUGUGAUUUUUGGGUGCCUUUUCUUGGCGCUUGUUGCUGAGCUAUACUACCUGUUAUGGUGGAAGAAGAGGUUCACUGACAGAGAAGUUGAAACUGAUUACAGUAGCCCAGCUAGAGAGCUAUUUUACAUGUUUUGUUGGAAAAGCUCAUCUUCUUUAACCCGCACAGCUCUGAAUCCUCAAGAUCUAAGUUCAUCAGUUAAUAUGCACACAAACAAUGAUUUCUUGCUGAAACCCUUUGGAGAAGAUGGGAUAGAAACAGAGUUUAUGAGGCUCCAAAGCCUCUCAGGGCCACCAAGAUUCCUUUUCACCAUAAUAGAAGAAACCAAGGAAGAUUUAGAGUCUGAAGAUAAGAAUGGAAAGGAAUCAAAAAGUAGAAGCUUGAGUGAUCUGCUUCUUGCUGUGGAAACUCCAUAUUUGACUCCUUUAGCUUCUCCAACUCUUUUCACACCUCCUCUUACUCCUGCAGAUUCUUAUAAGCCCCAUGGAUUCAACCCUCUCUUUGAAUCAGUAUCAGAUGCAGAGUUUAACAAGAUAAGGUCAUCUCCUCCUCCAAAGUUCAAAUUCCUACAGGAAGCUGAGGAGAAACUCAAGAGGAAAUUACAGGAAGAAGCUGAGAAAUGUGUUCAUAAUAACACCAUUGAACCUGUUGAAGAUUCAAGAACUAAAGCAACCAUGCAGAAGCUACUUCAAGAUGAGGAGGAUAAAUCUUAUAUUACAAUUGUCGUUGACAGAAACCAAGAUUUGGAGCUGAAUCAGUAUCAUUCAAGCAGUUCUUCACAGCUUUUAAAGUGUUUUAAGGGUAAGAGAGUCUGUAUUCUAAUCUGCCUUAAAAAUUUGCUGGACAUCAUUCUCUGGGAGGUGGGCCUAAUGCAAGUGGAUGAAUGGAUUUGUGGGAAGCUUGUUUUAUUCAAUCUCCAUGUCUCCUAAGCUUGUCUGAUACCUAUAACUCCUCCAUGAACUAUGAACUAUGAACAAAUCCACACUACAAAACCAUGAAAGAGUGCAUCAUUUAAAUUUGAAGUAUCAAAGUUGAAAACUCAAUAACUUUCUUUCUUCAACUUUAUGUUAAGCCAUAGAUAGAUGGAUCGACAAAGGGUUUUGGGUAUUUAGCUGUAUGUGGCUUGAAAAGGUACCACUCAGAGCAAAGAGACAAAGGUGGAGAAGAGCUGGACAGGUUUUAGAUGCCUUUUUCCACUUUUUUUUUUUUUUUUUU